AUGGAUUACCAAUACUGUGAUUCUGGCUACGGCGGUUCGGGAUCCAGCACUAACUCGAGUGCCGCACCUUCAAAAGAUGUUUACUACCAAGAGUACCGCUCCCCAACUAGGAAAGACUACAAGAAGACAGUCGUAUCCCGCGAUGGUGUUUCUGUGCAUCAGGAGACCGCGAGAGGCUAUUCUCAAGCUGAACCACAUCCUGACUAUAGGGCAUCUAGAUCCAACUAUUAUAAUUAUCUGACAACGACGCAAGCAGAGAUGAAAAAGGUCCCCUAUGACACCGGAACUGAUAAGGAGAGCCCUGGGCGAAUGGGAUCUUCAAUCAAAUCUCCGACACCUACUGAUGAUAUGAGCAGCCUUUACGACGCCAACGAGUUCCCAGCAGGCGGUAUAAGACCUGGCGCACCUAAUAACGGCCAGGGCGGCGGCAGCAAUCACGCUCUGCAAGAUAAUCAGAUGCAAAUGAUGCUCCUGGAACAGCAAAACAAGAAGCGGCUCAUGAUGGCUCGACAGGAACAGGACAGCAUGGGCAGCAUGCCUCGAGGUUCAUGGUCAGACGCUCCAACGAGCAGAGGUGAUCCACAAGAGCCGAGCAAUCACGACUUGCCAGUCACAAAAAGUCCGGAUGGUGAACACGAGAGCAUCCUAAAGAUACAGGAAGACGAGAAGUCCGAAUUUCUGGAUUCCAAGCAUGCCACCGCAUCGAUCCAACCCCAGACCUCAAUCAUGCCAGUUUCUUGGGAAGAGCAUAACAGCAGUGAUGUCAAAACUUUCCAAACUUCCACUUGUGAGAAAUCAGACUCAUCAAGUGAGGGAUCCCCAGGUCUUCAGCUCCGAGUAAAUUUAUCAACUCCAGCCGAUGAUAGCGAUGCCUCUUCUGCCAGCUCGAAGCCCCAGUUCACAAGCGAAGAGUUCUCAGCUUCCCUGCCCGACCGCGGCGUCGCAACCGUAGGAGAUGGUAAUCUCUUGCCAACAGACUCGCUCAAAGGUCCCACAUCCUUGGACUCUCACGCUGGACGCUUCGAUGGCGGGAAAUCAGAGUCCGAUUCUACAAAGCUCAUCCAUGCAUCCGAGUCUCAAAUUAGCAAAUCAUGUGAAGCACCUGCUGAUGUCUUUACCCACAACAUUACAACUGCGCCAUCACGUCUGCCCGAAGUAUUUGCCCCGAGGAAUUGGGAAUCAGGAAGCAGCUUCACCUUUGGCCACAAAUCGGGGAGAAACUCCACCUACGCGGACACCACACAGGACAUACAUCCGACUGCUGCAGAGUUGGGUGAUGCUCCACAGAGACCGCUCAACAUGUCGCCCUCAUCUGUACCAUCGGACACAAAUGCAGAACCUUGGGAGUCUAGCACAUUCAUGCUAAACAUUGAUGACUCUCUGAACAGACCAGGCCAGCAAAGUCUUGCAGACAGGCUCAAUAAACUCGCUAUAUCUCACGAUGGCAAGACUGAAGAGCACUCAAAGGCCGAUCAAGUUGAAAAUUCAGCAAAAAUUCGUGGCUUAGACGAUAGAACGUCUUUGAGCAGUUUCCUGUCAUUGGGAUUGCCCUCUGAACGUUUAGGGAGACUACAACAUGAGAUACGAAGACUUACUGAGUCUAUUUAUCCUCAGUAUCAAGUCCGUGACGGACGCUUCCGAGAACAUACGCCCUCCUCUAGUCUCAUAUCAUCCUGUACUUCAACAUUGUCCACAUCUAGAAACGAAAACAGUCAGGCAGGCUCUGAUCCACGACGAUCCCAACGGCCAGAGAAGAAAAGGAGGCUCGAUCGCGAUCCCGGCGAGGAAAGUGAUGAAGAGAAAACAACAGAUAACACCUCUAAGGGAAAGAAGAACGAAGACCGACCCCUUUUCGCCUGCCCUUUCUUCAAAUAUGACAGAUCGAGGUAUGGCCACAAGCGCUAUUGCUGUGGACCCGGCUGGCCUGAUAUGCAUAGACUCAAGGACCAUUUGUUCAAGAGACAUAUGAAACCGAAGCACUGUAGUCGUUGCUGGGAGGUAUUCCAAGACGAAGCCGCGUUGACCAGUCAUCAACGAAGUGAUCCUCCAUGUGAUGUUUCUCCAGAGGUGCGAAUAGACGGCUUGGACGAGUCUCAAGAGAGGAAACUUAGGUCUUCUCGAAAAACUUUCAGCAAGAUGGCAGAGUGUGAUAAAUGGCGAAAGGCAUACAUGAUCAUUUUCCCCAGCGUGGCCAAGGAUGAUAUACCCUUGCCUUACUACGUUCCUGAAGAUUACCUUGACUUUCCGCUUGGUGAAAGCUCAGAGAAACGUGAAGCGUACCUACGCCAAGUAUUACCAAAACUCGUCGCAGAGGUUCUGGCGGAACGUCUUGAGGGGAUCAAUUUGAGCCAUGGCGACCUGCAAACGAUUUGCGAGGAGACUGUUAAUCAAGCACUCAAUGACCUGCCACGUUUAACACAUACACCAGACGAUCCACAGAACGGGCUGCAAAACGGACCAGAAACACCUGUCAUGCAUGCUGUCAGCGAAUCUUCAGAUUGUGCGAUCAGAGCUGCUCAUGAGCAGUCGCAACAGGUGGAGUCAUCGAUAUUCGGCAUAGAUUCCAUCGGUCUCGGAAAUGUUUUUGACCCUUUCCCUUGGGGCCCAUUCGAUGAUCAAAGCAUAGAAUCGCCGGCCUCAGACUUUCUGUCGAGUAACCCAGGCUGGCAUGAAGGUAACCCAGCUUUUGACAGUCUGGGGGGGAAUGAUGCUUUGCAGCAGUGUACAUGCGCCACAAAGCUGGUAUCAGAUUCUGGAUAUGAUUCAUUGCCUGGUGAGGGACCACAAUCCUCGCUGCCUCCGCGAUAG